AUGAUUUCUUCCCAGUCGCAAAGCUUAGAAGACCAUCCAGUAGAUGUAUACCACAUCAUGAAAGUGUUUCGUCAAGCUUUCAUAGCAGUGGUAGAUUCCGGCGAUUCCUGGCUAACUUGCCAUUUUUGUAUCACAAUUGAGAGGGCUCCACCCAUUAUAAUAAGCCAUGGAACGCUUGACUUUGAAAUAGUUCGUCAACUAUUUCUUUGUGGGACUGAGGUCGUGAUCGAGGUGGACAAUCUUUCUCCAAGCUAUGAGAUAGAAGAAAUAAUUAAUGAGAUAUGCGAAACCGACGAUCUUCCUACAGUCUUGACCCGUUACAAUUCUAUCCUAAGAUCUGCAGACUGUCUUCUUUGGCAAGUUCCACCGUUGAUUAGACUGGACGCAUCCGCACUAAGGAGUGAAGAAGAAAGGGCAGAUAACCAAAAGCCAGAAAACAACAGCGUACCAAGUUUUCUGCUGGAAACGCAACAUAUAAGCAACCUCUGGCUGAACCGGACACGGAAAAGAAGGCAUCAGUUUUGCAAACUUUUUCAAAAAAAAAAAGUUCUUUUCUUGCAUUUCAGGCAAGACGGUGAUCGCAAAAAUGACAUUCUCUCGGAAACGGUCAGAACCUUACUAAGAACGCUUUCAAAAGUAACCACAAUCCCUACAAGGCAACGAAAGUCCAGCUCUCAUGAAGAAAAUCGAACAGUUCGAAAGAAAAGGCGAAGGAAAAAGAUGGAAAAUAUGAUAACCAGGGACUAUAUGUCGGACUCUGGAGAAAAGACCACUCACAAGCCCGCACACUGCCGGAGUCUCAGUGAUUUCCAUACCUCACCAAUGUAA